AUGAGGAAGAACCCAGUGAGGAGGACCAGCCUGGCGAUGAGAUCGGUGGAGUACCUGCAGAUAGUUUGCCUUACCCAGAUUCGUUUUCCCACCAGGAUCGUGAGGGGACUUAGGAGGAGGACCUUACUCAGUCAAAAAAAUCCAUUCCUAUACCAUCUUGCAAGAGGGCAGCCUCACCCAUCAUCCCCGAAUCCAUCAAAGAAACCUGUCCCCACCCACAAAUGGACACCCCAUGUGAAAAAGAUGAUCCAGGAGGAUAAUAUUGGUUUUUAUGAGAUCGGAGAGUCGUUCCAGACGUUGAGGCGUGAUCUUAUCCGGGAGAAUCCCACCGAUUGUCUAAUCUCAUUGUUAGUCCCGCAUGUUGCACAACACGAGGAUCACAUACAUCAGGUGGAGGAUGAUCGCGACUUACUGAGGAUGGAGGGCAGGAUGUUAGCUGGUAGAGUUAUGGGGUUAGAGUAG